AUGGCACCUUCCAAGGACGUCACUGUGGGAGAACUUCGCAAGGCUGUCCCCGAUCACUGCUUUCGUGCCUCAGCAUUGCGUUCAACAGCACACAUCAUCGUCGACCUCACCCUGGCUUCCACUCUGGCAGUCAUUGGUUAUCUCUACAUCAACCAGAUCGAAACCUCGCCGCUCAGAUGGCUGACAUGGGCUGCAUAUGGCUACCUGCAGGGUCUCUUCUUCGUCGGCAUCUGGAUCUUGGCGCACGAGGGCGGCCAUGGAGCCCUCUACUCAUCGAAUGCUGCCAACAAUGCGGCUGGCUUUGUGCUGCACAGUGUCCUGAUGGUACCGUACUUUUCCUGGAAAUACACCCAUGCUCGUCAUCACCGCUACCACAACCACAUGGAGAAGGACACGGCGUUUGUACCCCACCGUGAAGGCGAGAAGACGUUGGCCAAGAAGGUGGCCGACAUGCUCGGUCACACGGAAGAUGCACCAUUGUACCACCUGGCUCUUCUCAUUCUCCACCAGACGUUUGGAUGGCAAGCAUACAUGCUGUCGUAUGCCAGUGGCGGCAGCGCAUCCACACCAGGGAAGACGAGCUCGUUCAUCCUGUGGAACAGCCAUUUUAACCCGGAAGCUGGCAUCUGGACCAAAUCACAACGUCUGGCCAUUCUCGCUUCGACCUUUGGCGUGGCCGCAGUGUUCAUUGGGCUGUGCAUCCUGGGAACGCACAUUGGCAUGACCAAUGUUCUCCUUUUGUACGGAGUCCCAUACAUGUGGGUUAACAACUGGUUGGUGGCGAUUACAUACCUCCACCACACUCACCCGGACAACCAGCACUUCGAAGCCGAUCGAUGGAACUACACCGACGGUGCUCUGGAGACUGUCGACCGCCCCUUUGGUUUCAUUGGCAAACACAUUUUCCACGGCAUCAUUGACUGCCACGUGGUGCAUCACCUCUUUCCUUCCAUCCCCUUCUACCACGCCGAAGAAGCCACCGAAGCCAUUCGCCCCAUGCUCGGCAACCGCUACAAGCAAGAUGCCACUCCCUUUUGGCUGGCUUUGUGGCAAGCGUUUACGACAUGUCACGUCGUGAAACCCGCAGAGGGCAAACCGGGUGUGUUGCAGUGGGCGAUGAAGUCCGGUCGUGUCAAGACUCAAUGAUGAUGAUUGACAUGUCUUUUUAUCUUGUCUUUUUUUUUCUUAAAAAAAUAGAGGGGGUUGGUUGGUGGGGGCGUGUG